AUGCCUAAUCUGACAUCAUCAAUUCCGCCUAUCAAAGCAAUUUUUGCACUUGAUGUUACCGUCGCAAUACUUGCAACCUUCUUCUUCGUUGUCGCUCUACUAUUGGUCGUUACCAAACUCGGCAAAAACCCCGGUGGACAUGCGCGAAUCGAUAGCGAUGCUCCGCUGAAGAAUACACUUGCGACGCAAAUAUUUCUGGUCCCUGGAACAUUCUUUUUGGCCCUCAAAUACGCCGUGGUAUCGGCCACUGUAGCUUUGCAGAUACAGAGCAACGAGAGUGUCGAAGUCACGAUAGGGUACAGCUACACUGGCUCGAACGUCUCUCCACUGGUUUCUGGUGCAAGUCACGCGCAAGUGAUAGCUGGUCUAUCCUUUACUGCCCAGAUUGCCGAAAUCAUCUUCACGCUCUGCCUCACAGGUGCUGUUUGGAUCCACUCACCAACAACGGCACUGGCCUUGCACAGCCAUCCCGCCGCAUGGGGUCUAGGACUUGAUCCUGAAGAGAGUAAGCAAGUUUUUCAGUCGCCGUUCAGCUAUACGACAGCUGUGCGUGAUGACCAGGCAGUACGUAUUGUCUACAUUGUGUUCCGCGCUGUGGUCGUCUUCGCCUCUGGUAGCGUUUCGAUCGAAGUCCUGAGAAAAUGGAUCAAUCUCAAAAACAAUGGCAAGCCGGGGAACCCUGAACGUCCAGUCUUGCAAAGAUUCACCUACGUUGUUGUUCCCCUGAUCUGGCUUCGAGAUGUAUUCAUCAUCAUGAGCAUCGUCAUGAUUUUCGUCAGUACGGACAGCUGGAUUGAGACCUCCCGUGAAGCGCUCGCAUUUCUCCUUAUCAUUUUUGGACAGUAUGCAAAUCUGAUUAUCGUCUUUAUGGUUCUUUGGGGAUCCUGGAGCAUGGGAAACUCUCUCGAAACUUCUUAG